GCAAUAUCCAAAUAUGGUAUCGAGAAUAAUUUUGCAGUAACUUUUAUAAGUACAAUUUAUAGCUAUGGUUUUAUUAAAUUAUAAGUAUCCAAGUUUUCUUUUCAUUUUGAGUUUCACCUUUCCCUAUGUUUUUCCACUAAAUGUAAAUGCCUCGAUAUUUAAAGAGUACGAUGGCAGCAGCAUGCAGAAACUCCAGGAUCAUAUCAAGAUUCUUCGAGAGGUAUUGACAUUGCAAGAUGAUUCUGAGAAAAUACAAUCGUUUAAGCAGUUGUUUCGGCCAGUACCGGCUUCAAUUAAUACCACUUUAUUAUUGGAAUCGCAAACAAUGAAUCCACCGGAAAGCACAGCACCUGAGCCAACUACGGAAAUAGUGAUGCCAAGUGACAGUUCCAUUGCAGUUGAGGAAAGAUUUUCUGACGCUCAGGCUCGAUUGAUGACUGAACUAGAAACAGCAUCGUCAAGCGAAAUGAAACCCAACUGGGUGACUCAAACGGUUACACGUUAUAUAUCCGGUGCACCCAGCUCCACUCUGACUGCUUAUCAAGAGUCAAUUGCCCAUGUCACCAGUGAUCACCGAAACGUUGUAUCUGUCGAGCAAUAUAAUAACCUCAUUAGAUUGCUAGAACAGAUUCAAAAAGGCAUGAGCAGAAAGCAAGAACCCAAUCCUACUGAGAUAAACGUGCCAGAUGGGAGAAAAGAAAUGAUAGCGAAGGAAACUGAACAAUGGCGAAAGAUUGAACAAGAAAGGGAAGAACAAAAAAUGCUAGAAAAAUUACAAAGGGAAAAAGAAGAACAACUUUUAAUUCAAGAGGCUCAAUUACGAAAGCAAGAAGAAGAACAAAAGAUGCAACUUGAAAAAGAAAUCCAUAGAAGGGUUUGGGAAGAGUUGAAUAAAUUGAACAUCCAACUGGCCAUAGAGAAGAUUGUGAACUCUAACAAAGAUGAGAACCCCGGAACACUGACUACUCAAAUACCAUCACAGUCCGAGACACCAAUCACUUCGCUGAUUUCACACGAACCAACAGUAAGUGCAUUCUCCCAAACUGUCUCAACAAGUGUAUUGCAAGCGAGGCCAAAAUCGGGGGCCAUUAAAAACAUAUUAAACCAAAAGGGACCUUCUUAUCGAGUAUCACUCAAACCGCAGUUCAAUUAUCACGACAGAGACCCCAAACUAGGCCCGGGGCAAUCUUUGAUUUACGCCAAACCCAAAGAGGCUCCUGAUUUGGAACCCAUCAAGAGCGACAAUUCAACCAGUUCAGUUGAAUACGGCUCGUAUCCUACAACGUUGACUGAAGAGCCAAUACAUGGACAUGGUGGGCUUGAGAAGCUCUCUGGUGAAGAUACCCUUGAGUACCUCCAAAGAAUAUAUCCCGAGUUAAGCAAGAUAAUUGGCCAGGGAUCUAAUAUAGAAGCUACGUAUGCCAAUAUUUCAUCCAGUUCCCCAAUAUUACAAGAACCGAAAGAGACCGAUCCAACAAAUAUCCUUCACAUGCCCAAAGAUAUACAAAAGCAGCACAAUCCAUUUUCCACCUUUAAUUCAAAAGAAGACUUACGAAACUCCUACUUGAAGGAGCAAAACAAAAAAGGCAUGCGCAAAUCAAACAUUGAGCAAGCAGCAGUCUCCCAUAGUAUGGCUACAAGUACGAAACCCAAUUUCAUGGACAUAGAAAAAGAGUUUGGUUCACUCGAUAAAUCGCCAAAGGACAGUCAUCGCAAACGGAAACCCCAUAAGAAGCCCUCGCGUCGGUUGUUUGGCAUCAAAGUCAAGGAAAGCAGUGCAGUUCCAUCGGUCCCUUCCUUGGCCUCGUCCCCUUCGUCGAUGGUGGCUGCGAUUGUGCUUGUUGGUGCUUGCCUCUUUCUCUUAUAAGUUGUAUAUUCGUUUGAUUAAAUGCUGAUUUACGAAUUGGUUAAAUUUCGUAGUUACGCACAACGUUUUUUGUUUUUUUUUUU